UGGAUCCCUGAAAGGCCAUUGGACAGGCCAUUGGACCCUUGGAGUUUCACCGUUGCCAUGGCCAGCACCCAGCCCCAGAUGUACGGCCAGCCCAGCAGCGACCCCGCGGCCGAGUUGCAGAGGCAGAUGGCAACAGCCGCAGCACAGCAGGCGGCGCAGCAAGGGGCGCAGGUGGCGUCGCAGAAGGCGAAGCAUGGCUUCUAUGAGAUCAAGGCCUACAUCCAGGAGAACCCAGGAAGUGUGAAGGUGAUGUGCUUUCUGGUGGGCCUAACCCUGCUGGUCUUCAGCAUCCUGGGCGUCAUCAAUCCUUUUGCGGUCUUCGGCACACCCAAGGAAUACUUGGCUAAUGUCUACAAUAUCAUUUUCUCAGUGAUCAUUUGCAUCUGCGAGGGCAAGGAGGAUUGGAUGAGGUCUUGCGGUGAUCUUCAAGGUAAACUCUUCCAGCGUUGCUUCUUCUUGGCCACACAGACGGGACGUGCCCUCUUCUAUUUCUAUGUGGGUUCCAUGACUAUCCUUUUGCUACCCUCAGGUUUCAUUUGGACCUUGAUCUACAUCAUUCUCGGCUCCUGCUUAUGUCUCCUGUCUCUGCUCAUGCUCUUCUUCGCCCAUUGCGGCCGGUGCCGAUCGAACUAUGGCCAGAUGGGCGGAUCUAGUGGACAGCUCUGAGUGCGCGACCUGCGGGAUGUGUGGCAGAUCCCUGGAGUCUCAGGUGGGAAAAAACCUGGGAAAAAACCUGGGAAAAAUCAGGUGAUC